CAACAUAAAAGUAUCUCAAUUCAGUGAGUGAUAUGCCUAUCAUUUUGAUAGAUAAACUUUUUAUAUAUAUACAGUUUUAUCAGUAAAUCGCCUUAGUAUGACAGUGUGUUUAAAAUUGAUAACGCCAUCGGCGGUAACACGGUCAAGAAAAAAUAGUGACUAAUGUAGUGUUGAAACUAUAUUAAAAAAUAAAAUGGACAAAUACGAUGAAGAUCCUAGUGAAGUGGCAACUCCUCCUACGCCGGAGGAAUAUAUGAAAAGUUCGAAUUUCGAUUAUACCUUUAAAAAACGGAAAAAUAAAAAGGGAAAAUAUUAUCGUAGCAAUAUUCGCAAAAAUAUACGUGACGUGACAUGCAAUUCGAAUAAUGAUGAAGCUAAAGAAGAUAUCGAAGAACCCCCUGAUUCCAAAGAUGCAUAUUGCGAUGCAGAGGAUAAUAAUCAUAUGACAGAAGAACAUAACGACGAUAACGAUAGAACUGAUAUAGAUAGCCAACCGCUAUCUCCAUCUGAAUUACCAGAAACAGCAGCAAAAUUGGAAUCUGAACAUAUAUCAGCUGAAACGAAAGAUAUAACGGAAUCAAUAGAUGAAAAUAUAUUACCGCCAUUGAUAAAUGUUAUUAAAACCCGGCCCUUGUCGAAACACUCGAAUACAUAUGAAUUAGAAAAAUUUGAGAAGAAAGCCUUAUUUAUUUUUAAGCAUCAGGAUAUUAAUGGCUUCAAAGCUAAUUUAAGCAUAGACAAAGAUGAAAAAGAACUUACAAUGACGUUUUCCGAAUUUGGUUUUGAAAUUAAAGUAGAAAAAGAUCUUACAAAAGUGGAUUUAAUGAAGAAACUAAAAGAAUAUAGUGGGCAAGACUUCACAGAGUAUGGAUGUGUGGCAGUGGCAAUAUUGACAUAUGGCGAGAAACAUGGUCUUAUCUGGGCCAAAGAUGAGUUGUACAAUGAACUAGAGCUGAUUAAAUAUUUUAAGAAUGAUAGAAAUCCUGCACUAAUUACUAAGCCGAAGAUUUUUAUAAUCCAGGCUGGUGUGGGUCAAAUUGAAGAAACAAAAGGUGUGAUCAAGUUCAGGUCAGCGUUAGGAAGUGUACGCAAGGAUUUCGAUGAAGAUAUAGAGCCGUACACAUUGCCCGUGGAGUCUGAUUUGAUCAUAUUUCAUAACUCCUAUAGUGGGAAACAAAGUACCGAUCGUAAAGGUUCAUGGUUCAUUGAAACCCUGUGUUCCACGAUCAAUCAAAUGGCGGCGGAGCAUGAUUUACUGGCUAUCUUUACUAAAGUGAAAAGAGAAGUUAUAUCAGAAGAAAACAAUGAAGACCUAGUGGAUAUUGACAGGCCUAAGUUAAAGAUGCCUGUCACGACGUCUACUCUUAUAAGGAAGUUAUAUCUCAGAAGAUUUGAUAAGGAACAGCUGACUCCUGUGGUUGAGAGCCAAGCUGAUUUUUCUCCUGAAGCGAAGGAUACAGUCUUGGACAAUAGUGAGACUCUAAAAACUCAGUUGUCUUACGUACACAAUAAAGCCUGCUCAUGCUUCUUAGAACAUUUCGAGUAUAUGACGGAAUCUAUGAAGCACUAUUUGGAUGAUCAUUCUGAUGAUGAUCACGCUCGUUCGCUUUAUGAUGUCGCUAUUACCUUCAAAGAAGGGGCCGAGUUUAAUACUGCGAAAGAGAGGAUGCUACAAGUUAUUUCUAAUUAUCUGACAGGCAAAGUUGAUUUGAAAUAUUUACAUGUCUAUACUAAGAAAAUUACGUAGUUUCUGCGUUAGUGGCCGAGCCUACCGAAAGAUGUUUUAGAUUUUGGAAUGAUGCCGUUGGAAUAUAUUUGGGUUAUUACGUUGUAACAAGUCUCUGGUGGAAACUCGGGAAAAUCA